UUACUCUGUAGGCCUCAUAUUAAAAGUAUUUGUUCAUCAUUCAUUCAACAAAUAUGUGUUGAGCACUGACUUGGGAAGUACUGAACCAAGGAGUUGAAAUUAAGAAAAAAAAUCAUCUAAUGUUAUGAAGAUGUUAAGGUUGUAGUGGUAUGAUCAUAAGGACCUGAAUAACAAUUUUCCCUUUCUAGGAAAAUGGACUUGGAGGUCAGUGAACAAAUAGACUUUAGUUCUGGAGAUCAUCAACAUCUGGUUUGGAAAGCAGCAGAUGAUAAUAUCCAGAGCAAAUCUGCUCGGUCCUAUGGAACUUCAUCUUCAACUCAUGGGCCACAACAAACUCAUGGGACUCCACGCUCCAAAGCUGGUGAGCGAGGGGAUACCUAUAUGGUAGAAAUUUCAGCAGAGACCACCACAGAGGACAACAAUCCUUUAUCUGGCCCAUUCUCAGAAGCAGCUAUCCGCAGAGACUUCUGCUUAAAUAUUAUACUAGUUAGCAAAAUAAGCUACUUAUUGUGUAAAACUAUCAUUUUUUUAACCAGGAAGGCUUUAAGCAUUUGGGUGGUCAAGAAUCCCUGGUUCACCUACUCACUCAUGCCAGCAUUUUUUGUUGUAUUUAUUAUACUUGCUUGCUGUGGGAAGCUCUACCGCCAGGUGCCUGCAAAUUACAUUCUCCUGGGAUUAUUUACAAUUCUUCAAGGUCUGUUGCUAGGAACCGUGUCAGUUUUCUAUAAUGCCGAGGAAGUGUUAUGGGCAACGGCAGCAACCGCUCUAGUGACGAUAUCACUCACUUUAUUUGCUCUUCAAACAAAAUGCGAUUUCACCUUGCUAAAUGGAAUGCUGUUUGUUUUACUCUUCAUACUUAUUAUCUGUGGAAUUCUCUUAAUCUUCAUACGAUCAUAUUGUUUGCAUCUAUUGUAUGCUGGACUUGGAACUGUGAUUUUCUCACUGUACUUGGUGAUGGAUGUACAGCUGAUGGUGGGAGGGUGCCAUCAUCAUUCUGACCUGGACCCUGAAGAGUAUGUUUUUGCUGCCCUGAACAUCUACAUGGACAUAAUCAACCUUUUCCUUUUUACUUUGCAACUGAUUGGACUGGGACGGUAGUCAUACGGCC